AACAUUACGCCGUUUUCUGCAACACGUGCGUUAUCAGACCGCGUGGUAUCGCGCCGGACGCGAAUCCAAGUUGUUUAUUAUUGUUGAAUAAUGACUAAUUCUCGUUGAAUUGUACUUAUGGUUUUAUUCAAAUUUGUGGAAAAAUGUUAAGUUGCUCUCAACGCUGGAAAAAUAGGCGACCUUUGUUGUUUUCCUUCGGCUUUAUAUUGUGACACUGGUUACAGAGUGUGCACCGGCGAAUGGGCUGACGAAUCAGAAAGUUGUUAGGAUUGUAAAUAAUCGUUAAUUAUUGAAAUGUUUUCGAGAAUACACUCGUUAAAGUAUCUUCAAUCGUUGGAGUGGCUGUUGACAAAAACUAUACACAAACAUCGCGUUGCUAUUAAGUCAUAUCACGACAUCAAUGAAGAGGUACCUGUUAUUCAUUUAUCUGAAAUUAAAAAGAUAUUAAAAUCUGUAAAUAGUAUGACUUUGGAAGGCCAUGCUUGCAUCACAUCAAAUUACGCUCUUUGUGAAGAUUUAAAGAAAAAAAAUUGUAAAAUACAUAUAAAUAAAAUUACAGGAUUUUUUAUGUGUGAAAGUUGCAAGCGUAUUGGACCUUGGAGUACCAUUGAAAGAAUCAUAGUGCCAAAAAAUCCAAAGAAAGCAGCUGAAGAAAUAGAAUUAUUGCGAAAAGGUAUAGAAGUGUUACCAGACUUCCAUAAAGAAUGGGAAACUAUCAAAAAGUCAACUCAAUCAUUGGAAACCUUGCCAAAUGAUAGAUACUCGGAAGUUAUGGAAAAAUUUAAUUUAGGGUAUGUUCCACAAGAAAUAAUGGCUCAAAUGAAUACACUGUAUGACAGUUCCUCAGAUACUUUAUAUUUUCCUAUUUUAGCUUUUCGUAAUUUAGUAGUUGGAUAUAAAUUAUUUUCUAUUGAUCUCAAGAACUUGGAAACUGUUCCUGCUAUGAAUGCUGGUGGUAUUAUAAUUUAUAAACAAAAAAAUAUAAAAACAGAUGGAACAGUUGUAGUAGUAUCUAACAUAGAAGAUCUAUUGGCAAUAGCUUCAUCAAAAGCUGCCACUACAGUUAUUUGUCUUCCUUAUGGUUUAAAAAAUAUUCCUCAACAAAUAUUACCCAGUUUAGAGUCUUACAAGAAACUCAUUUUAUGGUUUGGGAAUGAUGAAUCUGGUUGGGACACAGCAAGAACUUUUGCCAAAAAGCUAGAUGCCAAUAGAUGUCAUUUUGUUAGACCUACCGAUAGACAACCCAAUGCAAAAGUUGCAUCAAGUUUGGGAUACGAUUUGAAGGAAAUUAUUCAAAAUGCUCAACCAAUAUGGCAUAAAAGUAUAACAACUUUUCAGAGUUUAAGACAAGAUGUGCUGAGUGAUUUACAAAAUUUAGACAAAGUUCAAGGAAUUAAAUGGACAAGAUAUCCAUCAUUGAAUAAAAUUUUAAAAGGUCAUAGAAGAGGGGAGUUCACUGUAAUCACAGGGCCAACUGGUUGUGGAAAAACCACCUUUAUGAGUGAAUAUUCUUUAGAUUUAGCAAUGCAAGGUGUAAACACACUAUGGGGUAGUUUUGAAAUAAGAAAUGCAAGAUUAGCUAAAACAAUGCUGCAACAAAUGGCUGGGGUACCAUUGGAUGAAAAUAUUAAAAAUUUUGAUCACUAUGCUAAUGAAUUUGAGAAACUCCCAAUCUAUUUCAUGACUUUUCAUGGACAACAGAGUAUAAAAGUUGUAAUGGAGGCAGUUGAACAUGCUACUUACGUACAUGAUAUAGCUCACGUGAUCAUUGAUAAUGUACAAUUCAUGAUGGGAAUGUCAGAUGAGCCUAAAUAUAUGGAUAGAUUUUGGAAACAAGACAAAAUUAUAGCUAUUUUUAGAACUUUUGCAACAAAGUUUAAUUGUCAUGUUUCAUUAGUUAUUCAUCCUAGGAAAGAGAAAGAAGAUGGAGAUUUAACAACUGCUUCAAUUUUUGGUGGAGCUAAAGCAACACAAGAAGCUGAUAAUGUUCUAAUUGUUCAAGACAAAAGAUUAACCAGUGUCAGAGGCAAAAAAUAUUUACAAGUAGCUAAAAAUCGUUACAGUGGUGAUUUGGGUAUAAUGCUACUAGAGUUUGACAAAAAUAGUCUUAGUUAUUCUCAAAAGAAAAAAACCAAGCCUGAAGAAACAGUAGCAUCAAAGUAUAUUUUGGAGUAAAGUCAAUUUCACAAAAUAUAAUGUAGUAUAAUGUACAGUAUUUUUAAUUUGUAUAUAUUUGUGGAUAAACAUAUCAUCAUAAAUUAAAUUUUAGUUGUUUAAUAAAUGAAAUAUUAAAAUAAAUUAACCAUGGCCCCUUAUUUGUUCUGUUUGAACCUAUGUAGUGUUAUAUCAGAAAAGCAAAAUGAAAAUAAAUCAAAUAAAAUUAUUUUCUUUCUUAAAAAUUUCAAGUAAUUUCAAAAC